AUGGAUAAUAAUAAUCAAAGAGACAACAAUGGUGGUGCUAAUGAUGGUGGAGCUAACGUCCAAGAAAAGCCACCACCACAACCACAACAACAAUGGGCAGUUCGUGAUUUUUGUAUGACCGUUGUUAAUGAGAACCUCACUGGAAUUGUUAAUCUCGCCAUUGCUGCUAAUAAUUUUGAGCUGAAGCCAGCAUUGAUACAUAUGAUGCAACAUAACCAAUUUGAAGGUCAAGCUACAGUGAAGAUGAAUGGCAUUUCUAAUGAUGCCAUUAGACUAUGUCUCUUUCCUUUCUCUCUAAGGGAUAGAGCAAAGAGUUGGUUACAAUCUCUACCGUUAGGCUCCAUUACUACAUGGGAUGAAAUGGAAAGAAAAUUUAUAGUGAAGUUUUUCCCUCCAUCAAAAUUUUCUCAAUUAAGAAUGGAUGCAAGUGCAGAUUUUUACAAUGGGUUGAAUGGUCCAACCAGGAAUAUAAUAGAUGUUGCUGCUGCUGGAGGUGAAUUAUUGGGAAAGACUGUUGACGAAGCAUUUAAUUUGAUGGAAGAGAUGGCUAUUAAUAGUUGUCAAUGGCCCAAUAAGAAUUCAAUGCCUCAAAAGGUAGCAGGUUUAUUAGAAGUAUAUCCAAUGACAUCUAUAGUAGCUCAUAUUACUACCUUAUCUAAUCAAGUGGGUGCCUUAACAACCAAAAGUAGCCCAUCUAUCAUUGAGAGCGUUGUUGUUGCAUCACAAUCUGGGGUUUGUUUGAAUCAAGAGCAAGCACAAUAUGUGUCUAAUGGAAAUUACAACUAUCAGAGUAACAAUAUUCCAAAUUAUUAUCAUUCAAGGUUGAGAAACAAUGAGAACUUAUCUUAUACCAAUAACAAGAAUGUCUUGCAACUACCUCGUGGUUUUAAUGCUCAGCCACAAGCAGAGAAGAAGCAAUCUUUGGAGGACAUAUUGGGUACUUUUAUGAUGGAGACCAACAAGAGAUUUAAUAAGAAUAAAGCGAUGUUGGAUAAUAUUGAAACUCAUAUGACUAACAUAGGGGCUACAAUAAAGUCCAUAGAGGUCCAAGUGGAACAAUUGGCAACGACUAUUGGUUCUCAGCAGAAAGGGAAUUUUCCUAGUGACACAGAAGUGAACCCCAAUGAGCAAUGUAAAGUCAUUGAUCUGAGAAGUGGCAAGGAGAUUGAAGGGGGUGUGACUAAGGAUAAAAAGAUUCUUCCAAUGGUGGAUAAUAAGAUAAAAAGUGAGUCAGUAGUAUGCGAAAUUGAAAAAGAGGAGAUAGUAGCAAAGAACAAUAUUAAUGAGAAACCAACAAUGAAGAAAGAUAACCCUCCUAUGUACCAACCUCUAUUACCAUAUCCUCAAAGAUUCCUAAAGAAGAACCUUGAUGAGAAAUUUGCCAAGUUUUUAGAGAUAUUCAAGAAGAUUAACAUCAACAUUCCAUUUGUUGAUGCUCUUGAGAAAAUGUCCAGUUAUGUAAAGUUUAUAAAGGAGGUUAUGUCAAAGAAAAGAAAGUUUGAGGAUUAUGAUACUGUGAAACUUACAGAGGAAUGUAGUGCCAUACUUCAAAAAAAAGUUGCCCCAAAAGCUAAAGGAUCCAGUAUUAACUUGAUGUUGUCAUCAGAUUUUAAGAAGUUGGGUCUUGGGGAGGUAAAUCCUACAACCAUUACGUUGCAACUUGUUGAUCGUUCUUUUACAUAUCCACGUGGAGUUAUAGGAUAUGUCUUAGUUAAACUGGAUACGUCAUUUGAUAUUUACAAUGGUAUGAAUUGGCCAGUAACUGUGAAUACUUGCAAGAGGAUUGAAUCAUUCUCGAAAGAGGAGAUAUGUGUAGAUCCUUUACAACCUGGUAGCGAGAAAAUUUCCUCAAAAGAGCAUUUACCAACUGUUAUGGCUCAUUUCAAUGUUUACAAGGAGAAGACUAAAAAAGUGUAUGAUAAGUAG